GGGACGGCCGGGCUUCGGGGGCGCGCCUCGCUCAAACGCUGCCUUUGCGUUCCGUUGCAGAGUCCUUCGGCCAGAACUACCCCGAGGAAGCCGAUGGCACGUUGGACUGCAUCAGCAUGGCCCUGACCUGCACCUUUAACCGCUGGGGCACGCUGCUCGCCGUGGGCUGCAACGACGGCCGCAUCGUCAUCUGGGAUUUCCUCACCAGGGGAAUCGCCAAAAUCAUCAGCGCCCACAUCCACCCCGUCUGCUCGCUCUGCUGGAGUCGGGAUGGCCACAAACUGGUGAGUGCUUCGACUGAUAACAUCGUGUCGCAGUGGGAUGUGCUGUCUGGGGACUGCGACCAGAGAUUCAGAUUUCCUUCACCUAUCCUGAAAGUUCAGUAUCACCCUCGAGACCAAAACAGAGUUUUGGUUUGUCCCAUGAAGUCUGCACCAGUGAUGCUGACGCUGUCAGACUCCAAACACGUUGUGCUUCCUGUGGAUGAUGAUUCUGAUCUCAACGUCGUGGCCUCCUUUGACAGGCGAGGGGAAUACAUUUAUACAGGCAAUGCCAAAGGGAAGAUCUUGGUCCUAAAAACAGACACUCAGGAUCUCGUUGCCUCCUUCAGAGUGACAACUGGAACGAGCAACACCACAGCUAUUAAAUCAAUUGAAUUUGCUCGGAAGGGAAGCUGCUUUUUAAUAAACACAGCUGACCGGAUCAUCAGGGUCUAUGAUGGCCGUGAAAUUUUAACCUGUGGGCGAGAUGGGGAGCCUGAACCAAUGCAGAAGCUGCAGGAUUUAGUGAACAGGACACCUUGGAAGAAAUGUUGUUUCUCUGGUGAUGGUGAAUAUAUAGUGGCAGGUUCGGCACGUCAGCAUGCUCUCUACAUCUGGGAGAAAAGCAUUGGAAACCUGGUGAAAAUCCUCCAUGGGACCCGAGGAGAGCUGCUCUUGGAUGUAGCAUGGCAUCCUGUCCGACCAAUCAUAGCUUCUAUUUCCAGUGGUGUCGUGUCAAUAUGGGCUCAGAAUCAAGUGGAAAACUGGAGUGCCUUUGCACCUGAUUUCAAAGAGCUGGAUGAAAAUGUAGAAUAUGAAGAGAGAGAGUCAGAGUUUGACAUUGAAGAUGAAGAUAAGAGUGAACCAGAACAGACAGGUGCUGAUGCUGCAGAAGAUGAAGAAGUGGAUGUAACGAGUGUGGAUCCCAUUGCUGCCUUUUGCAGCAGUGAUGAAGAACUGGAGGACUCCAAGGCACUGCUUUACUUACCCAUUGCUCCUGAAGUAGAGGAUCCAGAAGAAAACCCCUAUGGGCCUCCACCUGAUGCUGUUCAGAGUUCCUUAACUGAUGAGGGUAUAGGAUCUGAGAAGAAGAGGCAGUCAUCCUCUGAUGGACCUCAGGCACCAAAGAAGAAGCCCAAAACAACCAACAUAGAGCUACAAGGAGUGCCUAAUGACGAAGUCCAUCCGCUGCUGGGUGUGAAGGGAGAUGGUAAAUCCAAGAAGAAGCAAGCAGGCAGGCCUAAAGGAUCAAAAGGUAAAGACAAAGAUUCUCCAUUUAAACCGAAACUCUACAAAGGGGACAGAGGUGCUUUACCUCUGGAAGGAGCAGCGAAGGGUAAAGUGCAGGCGGAGCUGGGACAGCCUUUGACAGGUGGUGCCAUCUCAGAGCUGUUAUGAAGACCCUCUUCUUUAUCCUCCUCUGUUCUUUCCCAUAUUGGCACCAUAACACGGAGAAUAGAUGAAGCAGUCAGAACGGACUGACUUUAAUACAGCAGCCUGAUUGUUCAUGGAUUCAGGGAGUGACUUUUAUAAGAAAUGAGUAUUGAAGAGGAAACGGCCUUCGUUCUUCCUUAAUUGCCUCUUGGUCGAGCAGUGUGAGAUGCUGACUCUCAGGUCACGCAGUUUGCAAAGAGACUGACUGGAACUGCCUUCAUGUUGGCAUAUGUGAUGUUCUGCACUGAGCUGGUACCCGACCCUCUGCCACUCCAGAGCUCAUAGCCAUUGUCUUUUAAGUAAUUUUUUUGUUCCUGGAUUGAAAAAUACCCAAAGUGUGUGGUUUUUAUUCCUGAUACCAAUGACUGUGUAUCCUCCAAACUUCCUUUUCUCUGCUGUUAAUUCCCAUUCCAGUGAGUUGUGUAGGCCUUUCUGUGCCAGCUGCAUUGCCUUGCAGCUUUGGUUAGCUCAGUGUGAUGUCUUCUAUGCUGACAUGCUUAGUGAAACUGCUGCUGAUUAUGUGCCAGAUUUGAUUUCAUCUCAAGUGGAUAGAGACCUAAUGUGAAGAAUCAAGACACCCUCUGAAGUCUGCAAAGAAUGAAUUUUCAUGUUGUUAAUAUUUUAGACACGAAGGAUGACUCUGCUGAUGGGAAGAGGAGCACAUGGAGGUAGCUCUAUAAAAUACAGUCUAGACAGAAGUGUAUAAACUGAGUGGUAUGAAGAGCAGUGUUGGCAGUGUCUUUCUUCUCCUUGCAAGCGUGUUUAUUCUGUUUCCAUUUAAGAUGCCCCACCAGGAAUGCUGUUUCCUCCUUAGCUGCUAUAUACUGGUACUUAGAGAAGGAACAGCCAAUAUUUCUCCUAACUGAAACUGUAUUUUUUUCAGCUACGCUUCCAGGACUUAAAGAUGAAAUGAAUAACGGUGUGAUUGCAAAAGACAAACAUGUGGACCAUGAAUUUUUAAAAAUGCCUUUUUUUUUUUUUUU